CGGCCCUGCAUUGCACUGCCAUCUUAACAGCCAAGUCGAUCGAAAGAGAACUCGACGAGUUCGGUUUGCUUGCAGUAACAUCAGCAUUCGCCAUUACGCUAGGGAGUUAGACAAGUUAGAACGGAAUACUAGGCGAGAAAGUCUAGAGAUCGUCGUCGUAUUCAUCGUAGUUCCCUACUCACGCGAGAUAGCCACAGUAACGGAGUGAGAAGAAAAAACUAUUUAGUGAUUUCACGCUGCUAUUUUGGAUACAAAUAUUCGAUUGUGCACGACUGGUACGCGUAACUGGAGAAUUCGGUACGAAUGGACGCUAUUAGUAUCUCGCCAAAAACGGCAAAAACUGUUACGCUCGUCGCUGAGCGAGGCGUAAUAUGUAGAAAUGUUCUGACUUCCACGUCAACUCAACCUCUACGUCUUACGCCGACGGGGAAGAUCAGCCAUGCGAAGACGCGGGUCUACACGCAGCGUUACAGGAGGGAGUGGGAACAGAUGUCGGACUUCAAAGGAUGGUUGACUUCAGUUAGCAAUCAACCGACCCGUGCUUACUGCUUAUAUUGCAGAAAGAAUUUACAUGCACAUCGUUUGUCGCUAUUGAAACAUACAUGCACAAUGAAGCAUCAGCGCUCAGCCUUGACAUAUCAAUUGGAACAGAAACAGAUACAAAAGUCAGAUGCUGAUGCACCUGAAAUAGGACUUAUGGAAGAAGUUGAGACAAUAGAUGAUUCUUCUCAAGCGGAACUAGGUGAGGAUCAUGAUGACGAUAUCGAAUAUGUUGUUGAAAGAUUAGAUACAGACGAGGAUGACUCAAUGGAGUUGGAAGAUGUAAAGGAAAAAAUUGAAGAAGUCAAUAUUGAACAGGAAGAAGAAAAAGAGAUGGAUAGUGAUCAAUCCAAUGAGGAUUCUAUAUCUGUAAUAAAGAAGAUCAAAUUAUCGGAGGAAAAAUGUCAAGAUCCUUUGACAAAGGCGAUGGCUCAUGUUCAUAACGAAUAUCUUGAGGAAGAAGUAGUCGAGGAUCAAGAGAACGUGCAGAUGGAGAUGGUGAUAGAAUCGUCUAACAACGAUAUAUCUGUUUUACCUGAACUAGAGGAUGAUGUUCAGGAAACAUCAAAACCACGCGAAAAUAAAAAAACGGUAAUCAAAGCCACCAAGAAUGGAAAAGUUCUUUUGGAGAAUAGUAAAGAUAAUUUCGUAACUACAUCAUUACCGAUAUUAAGUACAACUUAUCAGACAAAUAUCGCGACAAGCAUAAUGCCGACUAAGAGUACGAUGAGUUAUGUGCCGAUUGCGCCAAAUCCGAAUACUCAAAAGACCAUCACUCUAAUGUGUGGUAAUAAAACUUUUACAUUAACUGGCGGUACAUUCCAACCGGGCACACAGUAUGUGCUGACCAAGCUGAAGGGUAACCCAACAGCAUUGAUGCUGACUGAUCAAAACAAAAUCAUAAGUGAAACAGAGAACAAAAUUCAAGUAAAGCCAGACUCCAACAUCGAUCAAUCAUUGAUUAUUCCUAGUACCAGCCAGCAGCCUAUUAAUCAGCAAUCGGCUGAUACUAAAUUGUCGACUAAGAAGAUUAGCGGAAAAUCGCCAGGGAAACCAGCCAGGGAAACAUCGAAAAAAUUGCGAAUUUCUACAUAUGUUGUGGAUAAUAUCAAGGGAGUUCCAAUUAGUGGGUUACAAGUUAGUUUGUACAAACUGAUGGAUGGUAAAUGGACCUUCUUGAAUGAAAAUAGUACAAAUUCAGAAGGUCAUUGUGAUGAUUUGAUGGAAAAGAUAAAAGGUACGAUCGGUCGUUAUAAGCUUCAUUUUGAUGUCGAUAAAUAUUUUACACUGAAAAGAAUAGAUACCAUGUUUCCGUUCAUCGAGAUUGUAUUUGAUGUAAAAAAACCAACAACUCAUUAUCAUAUACCUCUUUUAUUAAGUCCAUUUGGUUACACAACCUAUCGUGGCACAUAAAAUGUAUUGCAUAAUCAACAAAAUGUAUUUACA